CUUAAAUUUCAUAGUAAACGUGGAUCAACAUGGCGACGGAUACCGGUAGCAGCGGCGGCGACGUGAAUGUGCUGCUAAAGGCCGUAAUGGAGCAGGCGGAGCGGUUGCGAGCAGCUCAGAAGGCCCAUGGAGAGUUCCACGUAUGCGUGUCAGAUGAUCUGAAACAGUUGGCGCUGCUCUUCGUGAUGAAUGGAGAACACGACAAGGCGCUUCCACUGUUGCAUCAGCGGCUCGUCAUCCACGAAAAGUUUGGACCUGGUGGGACAGAGCAGCAGCGAAUGCAACAAGGCAGCUAUUUACUAAGUGACUAAUCUCCUUGUGGCUGUAUGUAGACGAUCUGACGGCCGAGGCUCUGCAAGAGCUGGGGACGGUCUACCGACUCCACCGGAUGCCAGAUAUCGCCGUGCAGCAUCUACUGAAGGCGUUGACACUACGCGAGAAAUGUCACGGCAAGAACAGCCUCAAAGUGGCGGAGACACUCAACAGCCUCGCUCUCGUGAGUCAAAUGUGAGCUCCAAGUCGCUUUAUUUGAGUUAUUAUGAGGAUAUUUUCCUACUUGAUCAUUGUGACUUUUUAAAGGCAGGGCGAGAUGGAGCAGGCUGAGAUAUAUCAGCUACGCAGUCUCCAGGUUCUGUACGACAGCGCUGAGCCCGAAGAUAUCGAGAGUGAGGACAUCCCGUGGGAAGUCUACAAGCGACUCAAACAGCAGCGAGGCCCGUCCACUGCGGCAAACAGCAUCACUCUCCUGAAGGGAAACAUGCGUAAAAGUGUCAUGGAUGUUGUUUACAAAUCCUCUGGGGCUCUGAGUCCAACUGAGGAGACCGCAAGACUUAAAAAAGGUGAAGACCCAGGGCUUAUUGAGCAGUCAAAGGCUGCUGACAACGAGAAUAUUUCAGCGGGCGGAGGUCGGAGAAGCGUGGUGCGGUCUCAUUCAGAGGCUACAACGCGUGAUUUCCACAAUAGUGCAAGCACCACAGAGCGAUUUUAUCUUUCCCGCACUGACAGCGAGUUAUCAGUCGUCGACGAUACUCCAGAAUCAGAUAUUGACCCUCUUGCUCAGUCGAGAAUCAGUCUGCCUCCAAGCCAAAGUAUACGACCAUCUAGACCGCGUCGUGAUGCAUCAGAUAGCAGCGGUAUUGGAAUGCACGCUGCGGACGGGGAGACUCCACUACGAUUGUCGUCAGCUCUGCCUAUUGCACAGACUAUUCGCGAUUUCCCAACGCUGCAACAGCGAGUGGAGUCGUUGAAGCGCCGCAUUCUCGCUGGAUACCCAGACGUUAAUGCUGACGUGGCAAGACUGGCAGCAGACGUGGACCGUAUUCAAGCACGUGAGCUCCGUGAAGUUGGCUCCACGAUGGUCGCUCUAGUGCGUGACAUGAACAGGCUCUGCAUUCGCACGGACCUAACCCAACAGCAACUGCCUGUACUGGAAGGGAUGCUAGAGAAGAAAAGCGCGUCCAUCUUCCGAGGCUGGGAAAAGCGCUGGUUCAAAGUAGACCCAAAGACCUUUAUUCUGAGCUACCACUUCAGUAAGGACGACUAUGCUCGAGGCUUCACACCUCGCGGCGGUUUUGCAGUUUCUCGGAUCUCCAACAUCCUCGUCCAGCGUCACGCUCGCGGCAAUCACUUCCACUUUGACGUAGUGGUUGAUCUUAGUACGCGUCUCAAUCCUCGGGGAUCUCGUACGUACGAGUUGCGGUGCGAGGACGAAGAAUCACUUCGUUAUUGGGUAGAGACGCUGCACUACUACAAGGCGAUGGCACAGAAGAUUCCUCCACGACCUUCAACGAGCUAAUUAGCUCGUUCCAAGGGCCGAGUGCUCCGCACUCGAACGAAAACCCAGGGUACAGUCCAAUAGUUCUCUGGAUAUUUAUAUUCAGAGUCAGAGUCUUAGGUGGGAUCGAGAACCGUCGACGAACCUGUACAAAUAUAUAAUUAGGCUACAUGUGCAAUUUCUCGCUAUAUCUAUGGUUGUCGGAAGCAUAUAAAUAGACGUAUUCCAUUAUAA